CGUUGUCCAUGGAUUUUAUUGCUGGAGCCAUCGGAGGCGUCUGCGGUGUUGCUGUGGGCUACCCCCUGGACACGGUGAAGGUCAAGAUCCAGACGGAGCCCAAGUACACAGGCAUCUGGCACUGCGUCCGGGACACGUAUCUGCGAGAGCGGGUGAGGGGCUUCUACAGGGGCCUCUUGUUGCCCAUAAGCACAGUGUCCCUGGUCUCGUCACUGUCUUUCGGCACCUACCACAACUGCCUCACACGCAUCUGCCGGUUCCGGUAUGGCAGCGCCGACGCCAAGCCCGCCAGGACCGACAUCACGCUCUCGGGUUUCGCCUCUGGCCUCGUCCGUGUGUUCCUGACCUCGCCUACCGAGGUGGCCAAGGUCCGCCUGCAGACCCAGACCCAGACGCAGAUGCAGGCGCAGAUGCAGCAGAGGCGGAGGUCCUCGGCCUCAUGGCCCUCGGCGGUGCCCCCCAUGUGUCCCGCACCCCCUGCAAGUCAGGUGCCUGGGCCCAAGUACCGGGGGCCGCUGCACUGCCUGGCCACGGUGGCCCGUGAGGAGGGGCUGCGGGGCCUCUACAAGGGCAGCUCGGCCCUGCUCCUCCGGGAGGGCCACUCCUUCGCCACCUACUUCCUCUCCUACUCCAUCCUCAGCGAGUGGCUCACCCCUGCUGGCCACAGCCAGCCAGAUGUCCUGGGUGUGCUGCUGGCCGGUGGCUGCGCAGGGGUCCUGGCCUGGGCUGUGGCCACCCCCAUGGACGUGAUCAAGACUCGCCUGCAGGUGGACGGGCAGGGCCAGCAGCGCUACAGGGGCCUCCUGCAUUGCGUGGUGACCAGUGUGCGGGAGGAAGGGCCACGGGUCCUCUUUAAGGGGCUGACGCUCAACUGCUGCCGUGCCUUCCCCGUCAACAUGGUGGUCUUCGUCGGCUACGAAGCCGCACUGAGGCUCACCCGGGGCCUGUUCAAGUAGCUGUCCCACCGCUCGGGGGCCCAGCCUGUGGAGGCCCGCUCCCAAGGGGUCCCGCAGGGUAGAGGUGGCGUGGGAUGAAAGCACCAGAGACCGGGCUUAGGAGGACUGGCACAAGGCACCAGCACCAGCAACUUUAUUUUUUACACACACUGUUUUAUAGCUAAGUUGUGGCUGGUCAUGCUUCAUAGAUCACUGCUAGGGCUUGGCCUAUCAUGGGGAAGUAGCAGAUCGUUACA